AUGGACAUUUUCUAUUGUUUUGCAAUGAAAAGAGUUGGAAAUUAACACUUGCUUGUCAAAGACAAAAAUCGUGUUACAUAGUGAAUUAUUCAUCAAUGAUCUUCUAAACCAAACUUAUCCUAUCCACUCCUAAGCUGAUGAAACCACCCUGCACUUUCCCCCGUCUUUUCGUCGACGUCCAACCUUUCAGGAAGUAAACAGUUCACGCAGGGAAGCCAUAGAACGCCAGUCUUUUGAUCUCUCUAAAGUUUCUGAUUGGGGCAGUGCAAACUUAGUAUUGUUCAAUGCCUCAAAACUCAAUUCCUCCAUCUAUCAAGCCGACACAGCCUAUUCCCUUUUCUUCAAUGACACUCAACUCUCCCGCUCUCCUACACUGAAUAUCCUCGGUCUCUCCUUUACUUAUAAUCUAAACUUCAUAUCUCAUCUCUGUCUAAAAUAGUUUCUAUGAAGUUAGGCGUUCUGAGUCGUCUUUGCCAGUUUUUCUCAUCCCCCCCACCCCUUUGCAGCUGCUAACUCUGUGCAAGGGCCUCAUUCGGAGUAUGCUUCACAUGUAUGGGGGGGUGUUCCACUCAUACCGUUCUUUUAGACAGGGUGGAAUAAAAAUCUUCUCGUCUCAUCAACUCCUCUCCUCUAACUUUCACCUUCCUAUGACUUGAACUCUUUCAAGAGGGAGGUUUUAAGACACUUAUCCUGUAUUUUUAACUAACGCUUUCGGUUCUGUAUGGGGUACAGCACUUCAGUGGGCGUAUUUUUUUUUGCUGCAAUUUUUAUUGCCCUUGACCGGUGACCCUUCUGCAUAAAAAAAAAUCAAAAUAAAUAACCCUGCUUAGGGCAUCUUGUUUGGGGUAGCCCUGCAAAUAGUUGCUUCUCUUGUUUAGCAUGUUGAUGGCUAUCAAUUUCUAAGGUCUGGCGGGCGUUGUGCUUGGACAAGGCGGGGUGGUAAUGUUGGGGUCGUGGGUGGUGGUGGCGGCCGUGGUGUUCUGGAGCUACACGGGCAACCUCACCUCCUUACUGGCGGUGAGAUACAUUCCACAACCCAUCCAGACUGUGAGGAAUCUACUUGACGAUCCUUCCGUGACUGUCAUCAGGAUUCCUAUGACUUAUUUUGCGGAAAGUAUAUCGAAAAUGGAAUCAGGAGAGUUGCGAGAGCUACACGACCUGGAUAAAGUGGGUCGUGUGAUUUACGAGGCUUCAGAUUUACAUUCAAUGGUUGAAAAUUACGUGCGUCAUGGCGGCUACUCCCUCAUAGAUGCUGCCUUUUCUCUUGAUCUCCUGAUGGCUGACAGCUUCCUCAAAACAGAAACGUGUGACUUCUACAAGUCAAAACAGAGGAUAUUCUCUUCUGGCGCCUACGUGAUCAUGGAAAAGGGCAAUCCCUUGUUGCCAGCCGUCGACCACAGGAUAAGAGCGACUGUGGCAUCCGGGUUGUUCGAGCACUGGAUGAACAACGAACUCCAUGCAUACCGCAGCAACUGCCAAUUCUCGCCCUCCAUCAUCUUGGUGAGGGAGCCGCUGUCCCUCGCCAACCUCUGGGGGUUGUUCUUAGUGCUCGGGACAGGAAUGCUGUUGGCAGCGAAUGUCUUCUGUCUGGAGCUGAGCGUUCCCCCGAAGCCAACAAGCAAACCAUGAAGAAGCCGUGUAGUUCAACUUGUCCUCCUCGUCCGAGGUGAUGCACCAGCCUGCAGCCUCCACACUUGGCAGUGUUUGGCGCGCACUCCUGUCAUUUCAUCACGUUACUUCGUGCUUACAUUAAUCUUCUCUUCUCAA